GGGAAGAAACGUAAAUAAAAAAAUCAAUAAUUCACAGGAGCCCUUGUUUUACAAAUCUGCAGGGUCAAGACCUGACCUACUUCUGACCAACAAACAUACAAGAUGUUACGGAAACACGUUACUAAUGUUUGGUCCUAAUGGGUUAUUGUGGCACCAAAGCUGUAUUUCCCUUAUCGGCUUAUCACUUAUUCACUUAUAGCAUACAUUUAAGCCCUCAAAAAAAAGACAACCUUUCUUGAGCACAUUUAUUUGUAAUAUUAAUUAGUGCAGGCAGAUUUAUUAUUAAUUUUAAACUAUUGCUAGCAAGUUGUGCACUACUAACGGUUACGCAGUGGUGUAAAGUAUUUGAGUAAAUGUACUUCGUUACUGUACUUAAGUAUUUUUUUGGCUACUUAGUACUUGUACUGAGUAUCAAAUAUAAAAGCAACUUUUACUCAUUACUCAACUACAUUUUUGAUUGAAUAAGAGUACUCUUUACUCCACUACAUUUGAAAUGACACUUACCGUUACUUUGUGAUUGUGCACGACAAGUCGGCAACUUUAUCUGCGGUGGCUUAUUUCAUGGGCGGAAAAGGCGAUAUCGCCAUCUGCAGGUUAUUGAAGGUACUAUGUGAUAUUUGCCUAUAUGCGCUAAAUGAGGCUAAUCCACGUGAGAGUGAAUUAGCAGCGGUGAAUGCCAGGUGUUUCACAUAAAUUAGCGACAUGGCUGCAGCCACUGAUGAAGCCGAAGCCAGCACAUCAUGUAAUGCCAGCACUGCCACUGACAGAGACACUGACAACCAUCCAUGGCCUUACUUGAAAGAAAUGUUUUCAUUUGCGGGUGUACAGAAUGACUCUUACAGGAUGCAGUGUCUACUUUGUUUGCCACGAACUACGAAAAUAAGUGCUUUUAAGAAUUCAUCGUCAAAUUUGAGGAAACACAUUGAGAGAAAACAUCUCAAUCACUUGAAAAGCUACUCAGACCUGACUUCCAUUGCACAGAAGAGGAAGAGUGUGAGCAAAAAUAUGGAGCCCCUAAAGAAACAACUCAAAUUUGGAGAGACCAAGAUCAUUUCUCAAGCAACCAUUGAUAAAGCUGUACUGCGAUUCAUUGUAUACGGUCUCCAACCUUUUAGCGUGGUUGAAAAAGAGGAAUUUAAGGACCUGAUUCAUGACUUGCAGCCUAACUCUACUGUACGAACAAGACAAACCAUCUGUGCCAAGAUAGAGGAAGCCGCAGGAGGAAUGAAGAAAAGUGUAACAGAAGCCAUGAGAGGGGUAGAAUACAUCUGUACAACCACUGAUUGCUGGAGUUCAAGGCGGCGCAGUUUUAUAGGUAUGACAGCGCACUGGAUUGACCCAAACGAUCUACAUCGAUCCUCUGCAGCACUUGCCUGUCGACAAUUAAAGGGGUCGCACACAUUUGAUGUUCUUGCAGCUGCAAUUCAUUACAUACACUCUGAAUUUGAGAUUCAUGAGAAGGUUGUCUGUAUAACAACAGACAAUGGCUCAAAUUUUUUGAAAGCCUUUCGUGUCUAUGGAGGUGAGUACAUACACUGCAACAAUACAGAAAGUGCAAUAGCACCCCCAACAGAAGAUGAAGAUGAUGAUGAAUCUGACACUCAAGAUGAGGAGAAAUGUGAGGAGAUUGAAUUGGUUGAGGUUGCUGAAAUUCUAGCCAAGGAUGAUCUUGAAUUUCAUUUGCCCAAGAAUCAACGUUGUGCUUGCCAUCUUCUGAACCUGGUUUCCACCGUGGAUGUUGACACUGCUCAAUUGGAUGAAACAUACAAAAGGUUAUCAAGAUCAUCCUUCUCCAAAUGUUGGGCCUUGUGGAACAAGAGUGGCCGGUCCAACAAAGCUGCAGAGAUGAUAGAAGAGGAAUGUAGUAUGCAGUUAAUUCGUCCAAAUGCCACACGAUGGAACUCUUUCUUUCUUUCAGUGGAGAGGAUCCUGAAGCUCCUGAAGGGAAAGGGAGAUGGUGCUUUCCGGAAUCUCUGUGCGGAAUUCAAAAUCCCCAUGUUAACUCCUGCAGAAAAGGCAUUUCUUGGGGAAUAUGUCACAGCUAUGGCCCCUGUUGCCAAAGCAAUUAAUAUCUUGCAGGGAGAAACGAAUGUGCACAUGGGCUGGCUUGUACCAACACUCAACAUUAUGGUUUCCAAACUAAAACGAGCCAAGAUAUCUAUGAAACUCUGCAAGAGCCUGGUAGAUGCCAUCCUUGCAGGCGUGAACAAGCGCUUCGGGGACAUGCUCAAUGAUCCUGAGCUGAUUGCGGCUGCAAUCCUGCUUCCAAAAUUUAAAACUUAUUGGACAACUGAUGCAUCCAUCCUCAAACUCGGUCUUGACUUCAUAAAGGGAAAUAUGGAGGAGACCACUCAACUUACAAGUGAUGCAACUUCAUCAGAUGAAGAGGAUUUCUUCAACCCAUUGAAGUCAUCCCAGACCCAGGCACAAGGCCAAACAGUGCUUGAUGGCUAUCUGACAACAACUGGUGAUGACAUGGCUGUCCUGAAAACCUUCCCAUCUCUAUUGAAGUUGUCAUUAAGGCUCAACACUCCCCUACCUGCAUCUGCUGCGUGCGAGCGACUUUUUAGCACUGCUGGCCUCAUUUUCAGUCCAAAAAGAUCUAGAAUAAAUUCUAAGAACUUUGAGAACCAGCUUUUGUUGAAGUUGAAUAAACAUAUUCCCCCCCCCUGAGACUGAGAGGUACAU